GCGAACGGCCGCGGGGUCGCCACGCAGCGUGCCGUCGCGCCUCGCGAGUCUAGUGACAAUUCUGAAUCGAAUCGCGAAUAAGAGUGAAGCCACACGAGUAUUGCCGCGACUUAUCUGCUACUAACAUCGUAGUGUUGGUGGGUGUCAGUCUGUCUGGUCCCUUUGUAAGUUCCACCACCGCAAAAAAUCGCAACGCACCAUGUGGCAAGUCACAGUAAACUAUACGUAGGGUAAUGCUGCGUCUCAGAUAUCGCACCGCACCGGCAAUGGUUCGUGUGGCUCCGCUCUAACUAACCAGUAACCUGUAACGAAUUUACGAAUUGCGAAAUCACGCAAUAGUUCCCAAAUCACCAGAGGAUACUAUCGGUCCGUGCCGGUCCCUGAGAAAAAUGUGGGGACGAUGAGGGAACAGGAAGGCGACGGCCCCGAGAGCCGUUAGACGACUCGAUGGACGAGUAUGGCGGGCCGGCGGCGCCGCCCCGGCCGCCCAAGCCGGCGGCGCGCGUGCACGGUGCGGGCGCGGCCGGCGGCGCGGGCGGCGCGCGCCAGCCCGCCGUGUCGCUGCUGCGGCCGCGCCCUGAAACCGAGCGCGAGCGCAACGCGUACGUGGAGGCGCCGCGCCGCGCACCGCCCGCGCCGCCUCACCGCCACGCCGCCGCACAGCCACUCAAGCCGGUGACGGCGCAGCCCGGCGCCGACAAGCGGCGUGCGCCCGCCGACUCGAUCGUGUGCGCCGAGUGCGGCCGCUGCCGCUGCUCGCAGUGCGCGCGGCCGCGGCCGCUGCCGUCGCACUGGCUGUGCGGCUCGUGCCUGUGCAGCGCGGAGGCGUGCGUGGACUACGCGUCGUGCAUGUGCUGCGCCAAGGCGCUGUUCUACCACUGCGGGAGCGGCGAGGAGGAGGCGGGCGAGCCAUGCGCGUGCGGGCCGCGCCUGGCGUGCGUAGCGGCGCUGUCCGUGCCGCUGCCGUGCCUGUGGCUGUACUGGCCGCUGCGCGGCUGCGCGGCGGCGGGCGCGGCGGUGUAUGCGCGCGCGCGCCGCUCCGGCUGCCGCUGCGCUGACGCGCCGCCGCCGCUCUCCAGUAUUAUCUAGUCCGCCGCCCGGGCGCCCGCGUUGUACAAAUAUUUAUUGGCGAGCGGAAGCUCCGAGCGCGCCGCGCGGGGUGGACUCGUGUGCAGUGAGGGCGCGGGGCCGCGGACUGCAGCCGCCCCGCGCCAGAGUGCCCGUGUCUUGUAAAUAUAGUCGUCUAGUGUGUGAAUGUACGUGAACGUGUCGCCCGAACGCAAAGUCUCAAAUUUUCUUGAGACCGAAACGUGUCAUAAGAAAACGCAAACAUUUAGUAUUUUGGAUUCCACACAAAUCCAAGGAAGAAGAUUAAGAAAUGAAUGAGAUAUAAAACUUACUUAUUAAGAUGUAGAUAAUUUACCAUUUAUUUAUUAACUGAAUUUGUAUUUAUUUGUAAAUAAAACGACAUUAUAUUAUA